AUGCAGGGAAAGAAAUUGAAAGGUGGUGAAAAUGGUGUUGUAAACCGAAAGGCGUUGAAUCAAGAGAAGAGAAUUGCUCUGCAACGACAUGUUGAAAAGCUGAAGAAGCAGCUUAGGCUUGAAGAGAACAUUCACCGAGCAAUGGAAAGAGCCUUUAAUAGACCUCUUGGAACACUUCCUCGUCUUCCUCCGUUUCUUCCUCCACCGAUUUUGGAGCUACUUGCGGAAGUGGCUGUUCUGGAAGAGGAAACUGUUCGGUUAGAAGAACAUAUUGUGCAUUGCAGGAAAGAAUUGUAUCAAGAAGCUUCUUUUACAUCCUCAUUGAAAACAAACUCAAGUCAUAUGGUGGUGGGAAAAGCCAAGUCAGUUUCAAGUAAUGCUAAGGAAUCUGAAUCGCUUCUUCUGCGAGAACCGCUAUCUGCUUCAGAGAGUUGGAAGGGUAAAGAGAACAAGUUGAGUGCUAACUCUACGAUCAAAAUGCCCGUGAAGAAAAUGCCUAUUGUUCAUACACCACUUAAUAAGAGUUUAGAAACUCAGAAACUACAGCACGAAAGUCCUACGCGUCGCGGAAAAAAUGCAGAGCGAAGGUCUUAUGGUGGCGUUGAUGAAAACUGUGAUCCAAAUAGAAUUUCCGAGGAUUUAGUUAAAUGUUUGUCUAACAUUUUCAUGCGGAUGAGCUCAGUAAAGAGCCAGAAGGAUACAAAAUCUCAAGAAAUCAUCGAUAAAGAUACAACAUUCAAGGAUCCUUACGGAAUUUGCUCGAGCUUUAGAAGAAGAGAUAUUGGUCCAUACAAGAAGUUCACUGAUGUUGAUGCAGCUUCAGUAAACAGAAACAGAAAAUCAAGUUCCUCGGUGUUUCUCAUCCGUCAACUGAAAUGUAUACUUGGAAGACUCUCUUCAGUCAACUUACAGAAACUUAAUCAGCAAGAGAAGUUAGCUUUCUGGAUAAACAUUUAUAACAGCUGCAUGAUGAAUGGUUUCCUUGAACAUGGAAUACCAGAGAGCCCUGAGAUGGUGGUAACACUAAUGCAAAAGGCUGCUAUGAAUGUGGGAGGAUACUUUCUUAACGCAAUCACUAUCCAACACUUCAUACUCCGAAUACCACCGUAUAACUCAAAAUAUAUUUCUCCGAAAGGUACAAAGAAAAAUGAAAUGGUUGCGAGGAGUAAAUUCGGUUUGGAACUGUCAGAGCCACUUGUAACAUUUGCUCUCUCAUGUGGAAGCUGGUCCUCACCAACUGUACGAGUGUACACUGCGGGUAAAGUGGAGGAGGAACUAGAGACGGCGAAAAGAGAGUACUUGGAAGCAUCGGUUGGGAUAUCGAUGGCGAAAAUGGGGAUACCGAAACUGAUGGAUUGGUACUGCCAUGACUUUGCAAAGGACAUUGAAUCAUUGCUUGAUUGGAUUUGCCUUCAGUUACCUACUGAGUUAGGAAAAGAUGCUCUCAGUUGUCUUCAACAAGGGAUGUCUCAGUCACCUUCCUCUUCUCUUCUCCAUAUUAUCCCUUAUGACUUCACUUUUAGAUACCUUUUUUCCAUCUGA